AUGGCGUCCGACCCGGUACUCAAGUACUCGCACCACGCAAUUGUGGUGCAUCCGCUCAGGAACCCCGAGAUCCCCGAGAGAGCGCCUGCUCUGCUCGGCAAGGACAACGCUUCGGCCCGGUACUUGCGGGCGCGCAGCGGCGGCUUCCUCCUCGUCCGGUGGCUCAAGAACGACCCCGUCGAGCACCCGGACGUGUCGGUGGGGCUCUUCGCGAGCGUCGACCGGCCGCAGGAGCUGGUCAUCAUCAAGAAGCUGAAGCGGCUGCUGCGGCACGACCACGCGGCCGACGUGAGCAACCCGAUGGCGGCCGAGAUCGAGCUGAGCACCGUGGCGGACCCGCUCGUGCGGCGCCAGCUGCCGCUCUACCACCCGAAAAUGGGCCAGACGCCGUUCCCGCAGCUGGACGCGGUCCAAGUGCACCACCGGGGAACGCGGGGGAAGGCGUACGGCGACUUCGACGCGACGCUCUUCUACAAGUACUACAACGGCGGCACGCUGUACGAUCUGAUGGAGAAGUACCGCCUGGCGAACCGGAUGGUGCCGGAGGGGUUCAUCUGGCACUACGUCGCCGAGCACGGCCGGGCGCUCGCGUGGCUGCACACGGGCGACAUCCCCUCGCGCGAGUACAACGUGGCGCACAAGGCGGAGAUCGGGCAGCCGGGCAAGGCGGUGAACCGGUGGAGGCCGGCGCUCGCGUGGGACGCGCUCUGCCACAUGGACGCGCACGCGGACAACAUCUGGCUGCACUACCCGACGGAGGAGGAGAAGGCGGCCAACCCGGAGCUGCGGCGGUUCGGCGACGCGCGGCCGCAGAUCAUCCUCGGCGACUUCGGCAUCGCGAUGCAGGCGCGCAACGACCGCAACAACCUGCUGCAGGCGCGCACGAGCCCGGACAUGCCCGAGCCCGAGACGCUGCGCGACAAGAGCGACCUGGGGUCCAACCUGCUGCGGCUGGCGGUGGCGGGGAUGCCGGCGCCGGCGCGGCACAAGAUCAUGGACGCGGUCAGGACGGGCGCGCGGACGGGCUCGUCGCGGCGGCCCAAGAAGCCCGCGCCCGAGUCCGACGUGGACGUCUGCAUGUCCAAGUCGUACUCGCCGGGGCUGCUGGCGUGCUACAAGCGGCUGCGGCCGCUGGUGGAGCUGGUCGAGUCCAACGACUGGGACGAGCUGCUGCGGCGGACGGACCGGGCCGACUGGGCGCGCUUCCCGUCCAACGACUUCGUCUACGGCACCAUGAUCGCCAUGGCGGACGCGUACCUGGACGGGUACGUGGGCAGCAGCGCCGAAGAGUCGGUGCGGUGGACGCAACCGCUGCCGACGUGCAUGCCCCUCCGCGCCCUGGUGCGCCGGCCGCGGCACCACCGCUGGGACUGGGACAAGGUGGACGAGCAGCUGUCGUGGCAUAUCCGCAAGGCCUUCUUCCAGUACGGGCCCGGGAGCGUGGCAAUAUGCCAGGCCCAUGUCAUCGGCGCUGGCGUGCCCGAAGCGGAGCUGGAGCAGGUCGAGUUCGACGAGUCGUACGGUCUCGAGCUCCGAGACGAGCGGGCACAGGAGGCCGAGGCCAUCGCGGGCCGCGCCACAGUGGUGCCGCCGCGGGAGGCCAGCCCCGAGUUCAGGAUCCGCUCGCCGGCGACGACUCCGCCCGAGUACCGCCGCCGCAGAGAAAUCGACGAUGCCGUCUACCAACAGCGUCGCCGCUUGAGGCUCCGGCCGAGGCGCAGCUAG